UUUUUAUCAGCACGGGCGCAAUUAGCUUCGUGACAGCUCCGAUAACUAUACCGAUAUUCGACACCAUACUGGCAUUGAACGUAACGAGACCGAAGCAAAUGCCGCAUCCGACCGAGUUUUUCGUAGAUAUGAAAAGGUAUUAUUAUAUUUUGCUAGUAAUUACGUUUGCAGGAUAUGCUGCAUGCAGUGCAGUAGCGAUCGCAACCGAUACAAUCUACGUUGCAUUGUUGCAACACGUCUGUGGUGUUCUGGCCAUAUUGAGUUAUCGUUUAGAAAAACUGGAUGUGCACAAUAAAUCGGAAUAUACCGAUCUCAUAUCUAAAGUGGAUAAAAAUGUUGAGAAAAUGAUAGAGUGCAUACAGUUACAAAUCAGAACAGAAAGACUAAUUAAGUUGAUUGAAUCGACGUUUGCAAUAUGUUUCCUUACUGACAUCGGUUUGGGAAUUCUACUUCAAUGUUCUGCAUGUGUCAUGAUUGUUACUGAUAUGGAUACAACAAAAAUAAUAAAACAUUGUCCGAUUUUGUUAAUGCAAAGUACUAGAAUUUUUUUCAAUAGUUGGGUAGGGCAGAAGAUAAUAGAUCACAGUUCUCAGAUAUCUGAUGCAACAUAUAACGGAAGAUGGUAUCAAAUGUCUUCACAAGUGAAAAGAAUGGUGCUUUUUGUUAUGAUGAAAAGUACAAAACCAUAUUGCGUAAAAAUGGCCAAAUUGUAUGUAAUCUGUUUGGAAAGUUACGGCUCGCUCAUGAAGGCAUCCGCUUCCUACAUUACGUUAAUGCUGUCAUUAACUUCGGAUGACGUAUAA